ACGCCAGGAUGUCGGCAGCUGCCUGUACAGCGGUACUGAAGCAAGAAUUCCCAUCCAUCGAUGGGGAGCUGCUGUCGUACGUGGAAACUGUCCUGCAGAGCAGUGCGGACGAGUUCGAAAAUGGUGCGGAGGUGUACGAAGCGGUCGGGGAAAUUUUGCACGAGGUGGCACAGGACAAAUCCGAGGACGAUGUGCGUGAGAUUUGUGACAAAUUCCUGCGGCUGCUGAAACCCACCAAUGGUACUGCGGGCAUUAAUGGGGACGGUGAUGGGGGAGGUGGCGGUGGUGGCGGGGAGAAGCACAAGAAAAUUCUGUCCGCCCCGAUCAAUCUGGGCGAGAUGGCGGCCACGCAGGAGAUUGCGAACGAUGAGAUGCACAGCAUUUGGGUGGUACAGCGCGACGACAGCCUGAAGGUGGACAGUAAAAAGCUCGAAAAGGCUGAAGCGAAGCGUCAACAGAAGCUGGAAAAGCGACAGGAGGUAAAGGCGGCAGCGGCUGCGACUGCGGCCACCGUGCCGGUUCUGCAGACAGCCACAGCAUCGCAGGUGAUCAGUAAAAAGGACAACAAGAUGGAAUCGAAGGGUACGAACCGUUCGAUGGACAUCCGGAUCGAUAACUUUGAUGUGUCGUUCGGGGACAAAACGUUGCUGCAGAAUGCGGAUUUGCUGUUGGCGUCCGGACGAAGGUAUGGGUUCGUUGGUAGGAAUGGGCUGGGUAAGACGACACUGCUGAAGAUGAUUUCGGGCAAGCAGCUGCAAAUUCCCAGCCACAUAUCGGUGCUGCACGUCGAGCAGGAGGUAGUUGGAGAUGAUACGACGGCGCUGGACAGUGUGCUCGAGGUGGACACGGUACGGACGCAUCUGCUCGAGCGAGAGCGCGAACUGAAUCAGCUCGUAUCGGCCGGCUCAACCGAACCUAACCUUGGGAACGAGCUGUCCGAGGUGUACAAUCAGCUGCAGACAAUCGAAGCGGAUAAAGCACCGGCCCGUGCCUCCAUCAUACUGAAUGGGUUAGGUUUCACGAAAGAGAUGCAAGCCCGCGCCACCCGUACCUUUUCUGGUGGUUGGCGUAUGCGAUUGGCACUGGCACGUGCACUGUUCUCCAAACCUGACCUGCUGUUGCUUGAUGAACCGACGAACAUGUUGGACAUUAAGGCAAUCAUUUGGUUGGAAAAUUAUCUACAGAAUUGGCCUACCACGCUGCUGGUGGUGUCUCACGACCGGAACUUCCUCGACACGGUGCCGACGGACAUUCUGUAUCUACACUCGAUGCGGAUCGAAACGUUCAAGGGAAACUACGAACAGUUCGAUAAAACGCGCACCGAACGGCAUAAGGCACAGAGACGGGAGUACGAGGCACAGCUGGCACAUCGGAACCACGUGCAGGAGUUUAUCGAUCGGUUCCGGUACAAUGCGAACCGGGCAGCAAGCGUACAGUCGAAGAUUAAGAUGUUGGAGAAGCUGCCUGAACUGAAACCGGUGGAAAAAGAGAUCGAAGUGACGCUGAAAUUCCCCGAGGUAGAACCACUCAAUCCACCCGUCAUGACGCUGAACGAGGUGCAGUUUAAGUACAGCGCGGAUAAGGUGAUAUUUACCAGCGUAAAUUUGGGUGCCAACCUAGACUCGAGAAUAUGUAUCGUCGGUGAAAAUGGUGCCGGUAAGACAACGCUGCUAAAGAUUGUCGUGGGCCUACUCCAACCGACGGGCGGUUUGGUCCAUCUACAUCGUGGCCUUCGACUCGGAUACUUUUCCCAGCAUCACGUCGACCAGCUCGAUAUGACGGUAAACAGUGUGGAACUGCUGCAGAACGCGUACCCGGGCAAACUGAUCGAAGAGUAUCGCCGUGUGCUGGGAAGUUUCGGUGUUUCGGGCGACCUCGCGCUACAGGUCGUGGCAAGUCUUUCCGGUGGGCAAAAGUCACGUGUUGCGUUUGCGAAAAUGUGUAUGGGCCGGCCAAACUUCCUCGUGCUGGACGAACCGACCAAUCAUUUGGACAUCGAAACGAUCGAAGCACUGGGGAAAGCGAUCAACAAGUACACCGGCGGUGUGAUCCUUGUGUCCCACGACGAACGCUUGAUUCGCAUGAUCUGCAAGGAACUGUGGGUAUGCGGGGAAGGUACGGUAAAGAGCAUCGAGGGAGGCUUUGACGAGUACCGGAAGAUUGUUGAGCGUGAGCUGGAAGCACUUGCUGCCUAA